AUGUACGUAAGUAGAAAACAAACACACACACACACACACAGAGAGAGAGCUUACUGUUUGCACCUGAAAGUGUGGCCUCCAACUGCAACCACUAACGUCACAAACAAUAUUUAAUGUUUCAUUGAAUAAGACCUUGUUGUUUCUCUGUUUGUUUAUCACUGCUAUGUUUAUCACUGCAAUGAGUAACCAGACAAACAGUUGUCUCCCCAGUUUUGUUUCCUAUUCAGUUUUCAGGGCUAGUGAGCAAAACAUUUUCUGCCAGAGCUGCAUUCCAGCUGCUGAGUGAAUAGUGCUCAGUCAGGAUUGAUGGGGGAACAGCUUUUCAGGGAAGCACGUACCACUCGUCUCUUUACCACAGACAAUGACAGUGAUUUCUUCUGUAACAGCCAGUCAGCCAGCUAGUCACUCUAACUCAGUUAUGCUCUGGCCAAUGUUCCCUCCCUCCUGGAGCAGUCCCAUGCAGAAGAACUGCAAGCCCACGCGGACAUGCACGAGAUUGAACUUCACUAAAAUGUACACUAUCUGUCCUCUACUUUGGAAAAUGGGAUUGAUCAACAUAUUAACAGUCCCUUUCAAUGCAACAAACCAAAUCUAACUGCAAGACCGAGUUGGUGAUUUUGUUGUAGGUUGAGGAGCGCAUCGGAGUAACCUUGUUCUAUUUCACAGGCAGGAGCUGUUUUUCCAUCACCAGUGGUCGGAGAGUAGCCUAUAUGCCCAUUUGAGAUCACAGAACAUAGCCGUGUGUGCACAUUUGUUGAUAUUCUAUCCUAGCUUGUGAGUUACUAGCCCGGUUAUAGCUUAUUUUGCUCAGCAAUGGGGGAGUGAUUGCUUCCUACAAGAGCACAAAACUUGUACAUAUCUAACUGUCUUUGAAAAGCAGGUCAGGUGAGCUAUUGUUUGUCUUAAAGGGAAAGUGUCCUAUUUUGAGACAGGCAUGAAAAUGCAAAUAAGCCAAUAGGCAGAGGGUAGCACACAUUUCUGUGUGAUUCUCUGUAUGGUAAUAAUAAUAAUAAUAAUAAUUAUUAUUAUUAUUAUUAUUAUUAUUAUAACAAUUAAUUUAAAGCGGUUUCUUGCAUCACAUAGCACAAUACAAUGAAACUUUCAGUCACCUAUUUGGCCAAUUGUGACAAGUAAAACAUAAUACCUAAAAUGGUUAAUGUCAAGCCAAGCAUAAUGUUUUUAUAAAGUCUCAUGGAUUGUUGGCCUACAUUGAACACCACAUAUUGGCUAUUAUAGGCAAUAUCAUUACAUUUACAUUUUACAUUUUAGUCAUUUAGCAGACGCUCUUAUCCAGAGCGACUUACAGGAGCAAUUAGGGUUAAGUGCCUUGCUCAAGGGCACAUCGACAGGUUUUUCACCUAGUGAGCUCGGGGAUUAGAACCAGCGACCUUUCGGUUACUGGCACAACGCUCUUAACCACUCAGCUACCUGCCGCCCCAUCAUAGAAGUCAACAGCUACACUACCGGUCAAAAGUUUUAGAACACCUACUCAUUCAAGGGAUUUUCUUUAUUUUUACUAUUUUCUACAUUGUAGAAUAAUAGUGAAGACAUCAAAACUAUGAAAUAACACAUUGAAUCAUGUAGUAACCACAAAAGUGUUAAACAAAUCCAAAUAUAUUUUAUAUUUGAGAUUCUUCAAAGUAGCCACCCUUUGCCUUGAUGACAGCUUUGCACACUCUUGGCAUUCUCUCAUCCAGCUUCACCUGGAAUGCUUUUCCAACAGUCUUGAAGGAGUUCCCACAUAUGCUGAGCACUUGUUGGCUGCUUUUCCUUCACUCUGCGGUCCGACUCAUCCCAAACCAUCUCAAUUUGGUUGAGGUUGGGGGAUUGUGGAGGCCAGGGCAUCAGAUGCAGCACUCCAUCACUCUCCUUCUUGGUAAAAUAGCCCUUACACAGCCUGGAGGUGUGUUGGGUCAUUGUCCUGUUGAAAAACAAAUGAUAGUCCCACUAAGCCCAAACCAGAUGGGAUGGCGUAUCGCUGCAGAAUGCUGUGGUGGCCAUGCUGGUUAAGUGUGCCUUGAAUUCUAAAUAAAUCACAGACAGUGUCACCAGCAAAGCACCCCCACACCAUAACACCACCUCCUCCAUGCUUUACGGUGGGAAAUACACAUGCAGAGAUCAUCAGUUCACCCACACCGCGUCUCACAAAGACACGGCGGGUGGAAUCAAAAAUCUCUAAUUUGGACUCCAGACCAAAGGACACAUUUCCACCGGUCUAAUGUCCAUUGCUCAUGUUUCUUGGCCGAAGCAAGUCUCUUCUUAUUGGUGUACUUUAGUAGUGGUUAGUAGUGGUUUCUUUGCAGCAAUUCAACCACGAAGGUCUGAUUCACACAGUCUCCUCUGAACAAGUCUCUCACUGUUGCCGCUUGCUACAGACCCCCCUCAGCCCCAAGCUGUGCCCUGGACACCAUAUGUGAACUGAUUGCCCCCCAUCUAUCCUCAAAGUUCGUACUGCUUGGUGACCUAAACAGGGAUAUGUUUAACACCCCGGCCAACCUAAAAUCUAAACUAGAUGCCUUCAAUUUCACUUGACAUUUCACUUGGUAGGGUUGUACCUACCAGGUACAACCCUACAUCUGUAAACAUGGGCACCCUCAUAGAUAUCAUCCUGACAAAUCUACCCACUAAAUACACCUCCGCUGUCUUCAACCAGGAUCUCAGCGAUCACUGCCUUAUUGCCUGCGUCCGUAAUGGGUCCGCGGUCAAACGACCACCCCUCAUCACUGUCAAACGCUCCCUAAAACACUAAUAUAAUAAUAAUAAUAAUAUGCCAUUUAGCAGACGCUUUUAUCCAAAGCGACUUACAGUCAUGCGUGCAUAAUUUUUUUUGUGUAUGGGUGGUCCCUGGGAUCAAACCCACUACCUUGGCGUUACAAGCGCCGUGCUCUACCAGCUGAGCUACAGAGGACCACACUUUAGCGAGCAGUCCUUUCUAAUUGACCUAGCCCGGGUAUCCUGGAUGGAUAUCGAUCUCAUUCCGUCAGUAGAGGAAUGCUUUCCUCUCAAUCUUAAAUAAGCAUGCCCCGUUCAAAAAAUUCAGAACUAAGAACAGAUAUAGCCCCUGGUUCUCCUCAGACUUGACUGCCCUUGACCAGCACAAAAAUAUAUUGUGGAGUACUGCAUUAGCAUCGAACAGCCCCCUCAAUAUGCAACUUUUCAGGGAAGUCAGGAACCAAUAUACACAAUCAGUUAGGAAAGCACAGGCUAGCUUUUUCAAACAGACAUUUGCAUCCUGUAGCACUAACUCCAAAAGGUUUUGGGACACUGUAAAGUCCAUAGAGAAUAAGAGCACCUCCUCCCAACUGCCCACUGCACUGAGGCUAGGAAACACUGUCACCACCGAUACAUCUACAAUAAUCGAGAAUUUCAACAAGCAUUUUGACCUGGCUACCACUACCCCGGCCACCAGCUCUGCACCCUCCGCUGCAACUUGCCCAUGCCCCCCCUGCUUCUCCUUUACACAAAUUCAGACAGCUGAUGUUCUGAAAGAGCUGAAAAAUCUGGACCCCUACAAAUCAGCUGGGCUAGACAAUCUGGACCCUUUCUUUCUAAAAUUAGCUGCCGAAAUUGUCGCAACCCCUAUUACUAGCCUGUUCAACCUCUUUCGUAACGUCUGAGAUCCCCAGAGAUUGGAAAGCUGCUGCGGUCAUCCCCCUCUUCAAAGGGGAUGACACUCUAGAUCCAAACUGCUACAGACCUACAGUGGGGAAAAAAAGUAUUUAGUCAGCCACCAAUUGUGCAAGUUCUCCCACUUAAAAAGAUCAGAGAGGCCUGUAAUUUUCAUCAUAGGUACACGUCAACUAUGACAGACAAAUUGAGAAAAAAAAAUCCAGAAAAUCACAUUGUAGGAUUUUUAAUGAAUUUAUUUGCAAAUUAUGGUGGAAAAUAAGUAUUUGGUCACCUACAAACAAGCAAGAUUUCUGGCUCUCACAGACCUAUAACUUAUUCUUUAAGAGGCUCCUCUGUCCUCCACUCAUUACCUGUAUUAAUGGCACCUGUUUGAACUUCUUAUCAGUAUAAAAGACACCUGUCCACAACCUCAAACAGUCACACUCCAAACUCCACUAUGGCCAAGACCAAAGAGCUGUCAAAGGACACCAGAAACAAAAUUGUAGACCUGCACCAGGCUGGGAAGACUGAAUCUGCAAUAGGUAAGCAGCUUGGUUUGAAGAAAUCAACUGUGGGAGCAAUUAUUAGGAAAUGGAAGACAUACAAGACCACUGAUAAUCUCCCUCGAUCUGGGGCUCCACGCAAGAUCUCACCCCAUGGGGUCAAAAUGAUCACAAGAACGGUGAGCAAAAAUCCCAGAACCACACGGGGGGACCUAGUGAAUGACCUGCAGAGAGCUGGUACCAAAGUAACAAAGCCUACCAUCAGUAACACACUACGCCGCCAGGGACUCAAAUCCUGCAGUGCCAGAUGUGUCCCCCUGCUUAAGCCAGUACAUGUCCAGGCCCGUCUGAAGUUUGCUAGAGUGCAUUUGGAUGAUCCAGAAGAGGAUUGGGAGAAUGUCAUAUGGUCAGAUGAAACCAAAAUAGAACUUUUUGGUAAAAACUCAACUCGUCGUGUUUGGAGGACAAAGAAUGCUGAGUUGCAUCCAAAGAACACCAUACCUACUGUGAAGCAUGGGGGUGGAAACAUCAUGCUUUGGGGCUGUUUUUCUGCAAAGGGACCAGGACGACUGAUUCGUGUAAAGGAAAGAAUGAAUGGGGCCAUGUAUCGUGAGAUUUUGAGUGAAAACCUCCUUCCAUCAGCAAGGGCAUUGAAGAUGAAACGUGGCUGGGUCUUUCAGCAUGACAAUGAUCCCAAACACACCGCCCGGGCAACGAAGGAGUGGCUUCGUAAGAAGCAUUUCAAGGUCCUGGAGUGGCCUAGCCAGUCUCCAGAUCUCAACCCCAUAGAAAAUCUUUGGAGGGAGUUGAAAGUCCGUGUUGCCCAGCGACAGCCCCAAAACAUCACUGCUCUAGAGGAGAUCUGCAUGGAGGAAUGGGCCAAAAUACCAGCAACAGUGUGUGAAAACCUUGUGAAGACUUACAGAAAACGUUUGACCUGUGUCAUUGCCAACAAAGGGUAUAUAACAAAGUAUUGAGAAACUUUUGUUAUUGACCAAAUACUUAUUUUCCACCAUAAUUUGCAAAUAAAUUCAUUAAAAAUCCUACAAUGUGAUUUUCUGGAAUUUUUUUUCUCAUUUUGUCUGUCAUAGUUGACGUGUACCUAUGAUGAAAAUUACAGGCCUCUCUCAUCUUUUUAAGUGGGAGAACUUGCACAAUUGGUGGCUGACUAAAUACUUUUUUCCCCCACUGUAUAUCCAUCCUGCCCUGCCUUUCAAAAGUUUUUGAAAGCCAAGUUAACAAACAGAUCACCGACUAUUUCGAAUCCCACCGUACCUUCUCCGCUAUGCAAUCCGGUUUCCGAGCUGGUCAUGGGUGCAUCUCAGCCACGCUCAAGGUCCUAAACGAUAUUAUAACCGUGAUCGAUAAAAGACAGUACUGCGCAGCCGUCUUCAUCGACCUGGCCAAGGCUUUCGACUCUGUCAACCAUCGCAUUAUUAUUGGCAGACUUGGUUUCUCAAAUGACUGCCUCGCCUGGUUCACCAACUACUUCUCAGAUAGAGUUCAAUGUGUCAAAUCGAAAGGCCUGUUGUCUGGACCUCUGGCAGUCUCUAUGGGGGUGCCUCAGGGUUCAAAUCUCGGGCCGACUCUAUUCUCUGUGUAUAUCAAUGAUGUUGCUCUUGCUGCUGGUGACGCUCGGAUCCACCUCUAUGCGGACACCAUUUUGUAUACAUCUGGCCCUUCAUUGGACACUAUGUUAACAAACCUCCAAACGAGCUUCAACGCCAUACGACAUUCCUUCCGUAGCCUCCAACUGCUCUUAAACACUAGUAAAACUAAAUGCAUGUUCUUCAAUCGAACGCUGCUUGUACCCGCCCACCCAACUAGAAUCACUACACUCGGCGGGUCUGACCUAGAGUAUGUGGACAACUACAAAUACCUAGGUGUCUGGUUAGACUGUAAACUCUCCUUCCAGACUCACAUUAAGCAUCUCCAAUCAAAAAGUUAGAUCUAGAAUCGGCUUCCUAUUUCGCAACAAAGCCUCCUUCACUCAUGCUGCCAAACAUGCCCUCGUAAAACUGACUAUCCUACCGAUCCUUGACUUCGGGGAUGUCAUUUACAAAAUUGCCUCCAACACUACUCAGCAAAUUGGAUGUAGUAUAUCACAGUGCCAUCCGUUUUGACACCUAAGCCCCAGAUACUACCCACCACUGUGACCUGUACGCUCUUGUUGGCUGGCCCUCACUACAUAUUUGUCGCCAAACCCACUGGCUCCAGGUCAUCUAUAUAUCACUGCUAGGCAAAUCCCCGUCUUAUCUUAGCUCACUGGUCGCCAUAACAACACCCACCCGUAGUCUGCGCUCCAGCAGGUAUAUCUCACUGGUAAUCUCCAAAACUAACACCUCCUUUGGCUGCCAUUCCUUCCAGUUCCAAAAAUCUCUAAAGCUGAAGACUCUUAUCUCCCUCACUAACUUUAGGCGUCAGUUGUCAGAGCAGCUUACCGAUCACUGCACCUGUACACAGCCCAUCUGUAAUUAGCCCAUCCAACUACCUCAUCCCCAUAUUGUUAUUUAUUUUGAUAAUUUGCACCCCAGUAUCUCUAUUUGCACAUAAUCUUUUGCACAUCUAUCAUUCCAGUGUUAAUACGAAAUUGUAACUAUUUUGCACCAUGGCCUAUUUAUUGCCUUUUCUCCAUAAUUUACUACAUUCGCACACACUGUAUAUAUAUAUUUUCUGUUGUAUUUUUGACUUUAUGUUUUGUUUACCCCAUAUGUAACUCUGUGUUGUUGUUUUUAUCGCACUGCUUUGCUUUAUCUUGGCCAGGUCGCAGUUGUAAAUGAGAACGUUCUCAACUGGCUUACCUGGUUAAAUAAAGGUGAAAUAAAAAACAGUUGAUGUUGAGAUGUGUCUGUUACUUGAACUCUAUGAAGCAUUUAUUUGGGCUGCAAUUUCUGAGGCUGGUAACUCGAAUUAACUUAUCCUCUGCAACAGAGGGAACUCUGGGUCUUCCAUUCCUGUGGCGGUUCUCAUGAGAGCCAGUUUCAUCAUAGCGCUUGAUGGUUUUUGCGAGUGCACUUACAUUUUAGUAAUUUAGCAGAUGCUCUUAUCCAGAGCGACUUACAGUUAGUGAGUGUAUACAUUAUUUUUAUUUUAUUUUUCAUACUGGCCCCCCGUGGGAAUCGAACCCACAACCCUUGCUCUACCAACUGUGAUACAUCCCUGCCGGCCAUUCCCUCCCCUACCCUGGACGACUUGUGCGCCGCCCUAUGGGUCUCCCGGCUACGACAGAGCCUGGAUUCAAACCAGGAUCUCUAGUGACACAGCUAGCACUUCGAUGCAGAGUUCUUGAAAUUUUCCGUAUUGACUGACCUUCAUGUCUUAAAGUUUCUCUUUGCUUAUUUGAGCCUACCUUGUCACAACACAACUGAUUGUCUCUAAUGCAUAAAGAAAGAAAGAAAUUCCACAAAUUAACUUUUAAGAAGGCACACACCUGUUAAUUGAAAUGCAUUCCAGGUGACUACCUCAUGAAGUUGUUUGAGAGAAUGGCAAGUGUGUGCAAGGCUGUCAUCAAGGCAAAGGGUGAAUAUAAAUAAAUAAAUAAAAUAAAAUGCCAUUUAGCAGACGCUUUUAUCCAAAGCGACUUACAGUCAUGCGUGCAUACAUUUUUUUUGUGUAUGGGUGGUCCCGGGGAUCGAACCCACUACCUUGGCGUUACAAGCGCCGUGCUCUACCAGCUGAGCUACAGAGGACCAUUUAUUUGGAUUUGUUUAACACUUCUUUGAUUCCAUAUGUGUUAUUUCAUUGUUUUGAUGUCUUCACUAUUAUUCUACAAUGUAGAAAAUAGUAAAAAUAAAGAAAAACCCUUGAAUGAGUAGGUGUUCUAAAACUUUUGACCGGUAGUGUAUAUCUAUGUGAAAAUGUCCCACUGGGCACAGACGUUAGUUCAACGUCUAGUUUUGAUUUACAUUUGGUUGAGUUGUCAUCUAACGUGAAUUCAACUUGAAAUCAACAAAAAGUUAAACCAUGUCAUUGGAUUUAGGAUCAAAGUUGGGUGAAAAAAAAUACAAAAUUCCCUUGCGCUAACUUUUUUUAUUGAGAUUUUGUGUCAAUGGCCUACACACAAUACCCCAUAAUCUCAAAGUAGAAUAAUGUUUACAUUAUUAACGACUUACAUAAGGCACAAAGUAGGGCUGUGUCCCACCCUAUCCCACCUCUUCCCAAGAUGCAGUCUGUUCCCAUCCCUACCCAAGGUGCAGUGCAGGCCGCAUCAGGUAGUUAUAGCUAGAUUCUUAUUCUUAUCUCUGUAAACAGGUCCAACAGGUUUCUUGUCUCUGUUUUCUCACUUAUUUCCCGACAGACGGUUAUCUCAGUUUUUCCUCUCCUAGUGUGUGUCUCGCGCUCUUGUUCACUAUACUUUAUUGACAUGGAAAGUAAAACACUUAGAUUGUCAAAGGAAACAUAUCGAUGGUCAAAGACAGGAAUAUUCUAGACUGUUUGUAAUUAAGCAAUAGUAAUAAUAGUGCUAAUCAUGUUAACAGCAAUUACAAUCAGAAAUGAACAAUAAACAUUAUACUCACAAAAGUUUAGAAAGAAUAGAGACAUUUCAAAUGUUAUGUUACUGGAAAUGUAUGGUGCUGUAACAAUGCAAAUAGUUGGAAGUAUGAAAGGGAAAAUAAAUAGACUGAUGAUUAUAGUUUGUAUUUACAAUGGUGUUUGUGCUUCACUGGUUGCCCUUUUCUUGUGGCAACGGGUCACAAAUCUUGCUGCUGUGAUGGCACACUAGUAUUUCACCUAAUAGAUAUUGGAGUUGAUCAAAAUUGGACUUGUUUUCAAAUUCUUUGUGGGUCUGUGUAAUCUGAGGGAAAUAUGUAUCUCUAAUAUGGUAAUACAUUUGGUUAGUAAGUGCAGCUCGGUUUCCACCUCACUCACGUACUCCCUUUGACCAAAUGUCCAUCAUAGCUUGAUGGUUUUCUGGUCAAGAAUAAACAGUAGCCUAGUUUAUAUAAUGUGUAUUACUUCCUUUCCCCCUUCAGGGAAAAUAGUUUGUCAGGAAGUCAGAGGAGCCAUACAGGGUAGUUACUAACUACAGCUUUGUUUGUUUACAGUGCUUCUGCGCUCUAAGUCUUCAUUAGCCGGUAUUCAGUUAAUGAUUAUCCAUGAUCUCAUUACACUGGAAAAUGGUAUAACUGUGUAAUUACAUUGUAUGCAUGAUGUCCAGUCAUUAAUGAGGAUGAACGUUGAUUUAAAACCAUUUUCUCUUGCUCUGCAGUCUGCACUAAUAAACAACCGAUUUCUUCAUCCCGCCCGCACCCGCAGCUUUUCAUACUGCACCCUCUGGCUUUCUGUCCGACUCCCUCCCGUUACCUCAAGAACUGGUCCCAAACCCAACCGCAGUCCCGCAAUGUUAUUUUAGGCAUAUGUGACGCAGCUCCCUUGCCAGCCAUGGUCCCAGCAAUUUUGUGCCCUAUAGGCAAUAUCAAAAAUAACCUAAGAAAUAGCCUAGGUUAAUUGACCAGAGAUUCUCACGUGGCCCAUUCUAUUAAGCUAUCAGUAUUACUGGGCUAUAUCAGCCAAUAGACUAGACUUAGUUUGAAGAGAGCAGAGUUGGAGAGACUUGCACUUUAUCUUGAGCUCUUUUUAUAGCCUACCUUUUAGGAGUGGGACGAUGUUCAAAUGGAGACAUAUGAGUGAUACAUUUUUAUUUCUAGACAAUGUAGUAAACUAUAGUCUAAUCAUAUUUUGGAAGUAAUGUGAUUACUCCGUGUCCCCCUCCAAUCUUAUUCAUUAUGAUCUAAAAGGCUAAACUGAUCCUAGAUCAGCACUCCUAUUGCCUCUUAUCCAGACUCCUUGCGCCGGCCAAACGUUACGGCAUGCUCACGGACGUUAGUUUCUUAUCCGCGUUGAGUCUGGAUCCGAGUACCUCCCCGACCCUUCACCGAAUGCGAACACAUUCGGUGCCGUCUGAUUGGUCCAGAAACCUUUGGAUUUGGCCAGAGCCAGAACACACGUGGGUAUAGAGGCAGUUUGAAAGUUCGUCAUUGGCUUUGAUACUGUGAUUGGUUAGAAAUGAUCCCAUCGAUGAUGACUUUGUUUUGUACAAGGCCCCUAUUGCCCCUCAUCACCACAAACAACUUCAGUGAUGGCAGUCUCAGACUAAAGUAUGUAGCGAAACAACAGAGCAGCAGAAGAAUUUAGUGCGAGUCGUCAGGCUAGCACUUCUACUCUGAGACAUUUUUAUUAAUACAAACCCAGAUUAUCUACAGUGUUUUGGACAAACCUCUGGUGUCCUGAUGGACUCCCCAUUAUGAGAGUUAAUGCUAUGAUUGCAGGGAGCUAGGCCCCACUUCCCUCUAUCUGAGAGCAUGCCAAAAACUACAGUCACUUCACAUGGUUAGGAGACGUAGGCCUACAAUAAACUGGUCAUUCCAGAGUUGGCCUACAGCAAACCCUCAGGCAGUGAUCAUUUAGAGCUGGAUAUUUAUUCUCUUUGAAUUGUUCUUUGGUUUAGCUCCAUGUCACUUCCUUGAACACAGCAGAGGCAAACAGAGAUGUAUGGUUAGGAGCACUAUUUUUAAGAAACACACAAGACCAGGAGCUGUUGACUAUAUUUCUAGCAGCCAGGUCCCUAUGUUUAGGGUCUAGUUCGUCAUUUUCUGGGUUUGUUUCAUUUGUUUCAGAGUUCCUCUGUCCCUCACAUGCGUCAUAGUUCCUAUUUGUGCAGAACAGAAAAGGCUAUUUUUUUCUGAUUUAAUAUCUAGGUUUGACAUUUACACUUGAUUUCUUUGUCAGUUAGUUGUAGUGAAUUGAAAACCAGGAAAAGAGCUAAACAAUAGAUGGGCGAUGGCACCUCGCUGUGGAGAAGAAUGGCUUGAGAGAGUAGCUGAUUGGCUGGUUAUUGUGUGAGGGAGGGGUUGGCUGCUGCUCUGUUCGGGCCCUAUCGAGAGAGAGGGAAAGAGGAGUGGAGAAACCAGAACAAGCCCAGACAUAUUUCCACAUAUUUCUUGGUGGAAAGUAAAAGUUGUGUUUGAAAGAUCUGAAAGAAGAUGAUAACUCAUAGUGUUUACUGCACUGUGGAGAGGAGGGAUAGGAUCAGGGUGUUCAAAGUAAUAAAGUGUGUACGGAGGCUGUAUAGAGGCCUGUGAAGGCACAGCCCUGUCCUGUCAAGACCGGAUCCCCUACUGUACUGUGGCCCUCAUUGGAAUCCUCCAAAACACAACCACCUCAACCCAAAUACUGUUCUUCUGUAGGGGUGGAGUCUGGGUCAUGUUCAGUGGGCCCAAAAUGGUGGGGGGAAAAUGUAAACAGAGGUAACUACCUAAACAUGUCCAGUUAGACGGUCAUUUUAUGUAAUGUGUUGAAAAUAUUUUUAAAAAUGUCUGAGAAGAAAUAUAGUCAUUUUCAUGUUGCUGUUUCUACAUUUUUUGCUACGGAGUUAGCCUACCUAAUACGACCCUGGUGUCUUCACACAACUGUAACAUGUGAUUAGUCAACCAUUGUGUUAUCUGAAUGCAUCUAUUAACCAGAGCUAAACAGCUGUGUGUGUAUGGGGGGGUGGGGUGGGGUGGACUGGACGGGACAGGACUGGACUAUGUAAAAUAAGUGCUGUAAUUUCUAAAUGGUUCACCCGAUAUGGAUGAAAAUACUCUCAAAUUAAAGCUGACAGUCUGCUCUUUAACCUCAUAGUCGUUGUAUCAUUUCAAAUUCAAUGUGCUGGAGUACAGAGCCAAAACAACAAUAUAUGUUCACUGUCCCAAUACUUUUGGAGGGGGGUGUGUGCGCGUGCAUGUUUUCCUACAUUAUCAGGACCAGAAUAUCCUGACAAGGUAAGAAAACAAGAAAGAAUGUGAAAAGUCAGGAUUUUUUUUUUUUUAUCCAUGUCCUGAAUUUGUUAAAAUUCUAUUUUAGGCUUUGGGGUGAAGGGUUAGUGAAAAUAGGAUUUUGAAUGGAAAUACAUUUUUACUCCCCAAAAAGUCCUGAAAAUUCAGUUUUAUUCUCAGUAACUGGUGCGUAUUUCCUACAACUCGCCUACAAAAUCAUCUUAUCACUCAGGACUCUGAUUGUGAGUGUGCUUAUGACUCUCUCUGACUGUAACGUGGUAAUUAUGAAAUCAGUCCAUCUCAGAUUGACAUGGUGUCAUAAUCACAACAUCCCUCUGAAAACCAUCACGGUGUCAGUGUUUUGCCUUCCAUGGUGAUCUAACCAUGCUGUAAAUGGUUAAUAGAAAGAGUUCCAAACCUCUGCCAAUAACACCUAAUUUUCGUUUUCCCCUCCACACUCAAACCGUUCCCAGGUAGUCAUAGCAAAAUUCUUACUUGAGAAAUUGCUCUUUGCUAAGAAGCUAUUUUGGUUUCUUUUUGACUAUUUCAAUGGAAAUCAAUCAUAGUAUGGUACUUAAUAGUUACCCAGAAAUGAUUUGAUAUUGAGAUUUUUUUUAAACUGCUGCAUUGGACCUUUUAAACAUACAGUAUCCACCCGCCAAACAGAUUUAGUUAAUGUCUCACAACAACACAUACAGUGCCUUCAGAAAUUAUUCAUAUCCCUUUUACUUUUUCCACAUUUUUGUUGUUACAGCUUGAAUUUAAAAUUGAUCAAAUGUAUAUUUUGUGUCACUGGCCUACACAUAAUACCCCAUAAUGUCAAAGUGGAAAUGUUGUUUUCAACUUCGGUACACCAGGAAUUGUUUAUAAGGAAACAUACCCCUCCCCCUCGACUCUUACCGGAAGCCGCCGUUCGAUCCAUUCGGGAAUAUGUCUCGUUGAAGUAAACAUUUGCUUAACAACUCGCAUAAUAAGUUGCAUGGACUCACUCUGUGUGCAACAAUAGGGUUUCACAUGAUUUUUGAAUGACUACCUCACCUAUGUACCCCACACACAGAAUUAUCUGGAAGGUCCCUCGGUCGAACAUUUUUUUUUUUUUUGAUAAAAAGAAACAGAAUAGAGCUAAGCAUAGGCAAAAUACUAGAGGAAAACCUGGUUCAGUCUGCUUUCCAACAGACGCUGGGAGACAAAUUCACCGUUUAGCAGGACAAUAACCUAAAACACAAGGCCAAAUAUAUGUGUACAGUGCAUUCAGAAAGUAUUACAUUUACAUUUUACAUUUUAGUCAUUUAGCAGACGCUCUUAUCCAGAGCGACUUACAGUUAGUGAGUGCAUACAUUUUCAUACUGGCCCCCCGUGGGAAUCGAACCCAAAACCCUGGCGUUGCAAACGCCAUGCUCUACCAACUGAGCUACACAGGACUUUACAUAGAUAAAAGUCUGUGUGUAUGUGUAUACUCCAUAGUAUGACCCCUUGACUUUUUCCACAUUUUGUUAUGUUACAGCCUUAUUCUAAAUGGAUUAAAUAGAUAUUUUUCCUCAUCAAUCUACAUACAAUACCCAUAACGCCAAAGAAAAAACAGUUUUUUAGACAUUUUUGCAACUGUAUAAAAUGUUUUAAAAAACAUCACAUUUACAGAAGUAUUCAGACCCUUUAAUCAGUACUUUGUUGAAGCACCUUUGGCAGCGAUUACAGCCUUGAGUCUUCUUGGGUAUGACACUACAAGCUUGGCACACCUGUAUUUGGGGAGUUUCUCCCAUUCUUCUCUGCAGAUCCUCUCAAGCUCUGUCAGGCUGGAAGGGGAGCGUUGCUGCACAGCUAUUUUCAGGUAUCUCCAGAGAUGUUCGAUGGGUUCAAGUCCGGGUUCUGGCUGGGCCACACAAGGACAUUCAGAGACUUGUCCCGAAGCCACUCCUGCGUUGUCUUGGCUGUGUGCUUAUUUUUAUUAUUUUUAUUUUUGGUCAUUUAGCAGACGCUCUUAUCCAGAGCGACUUACAGGAGCAAUUAGGGUUAAGUGCCUUGCUCAAGGGCACAUCGACAGAUUUUUCACCUAGUCGGCUCAGGGAUUAGAACCAGCGACCUUUCGGUUACUGGCACAACGCUCUUACCCACUAAGCUACCUGCCGCCCUAGGGUCGUUACCUGCCGCCUGCUUAGGGUCGUUGUUCUGUUGGAAGGUGAACCUUCACCCCAGUCUGAGGUUCUGAGAGCUCUGGAGCAGGUUUUCAUCAAGGAUCUCUCUGUACCUUGCUCCGUUCAACUUUCCCUCGAUCCUGACUAGUCUCCCAGUCCCUGCCGCUGAAAAACAUCCCCACAGCAUGAUGCUGCCACCAUGCUUCGCCGUAGGGAUGGUGCCAGGUUUCACUGGUAUUCUGGCCGAAGAGUUCAAUCUUGGUUUCAUCAGACCAGAGAAUCUUGUUUCUCAUGGUCUGAGAGUCCUUUAUGUGCCUUUUGGCAAACUCCAAGCGGGCUGUCAUGUGCCUUUUUACUGAGGUGUGGCUUCCGUCUGGCCACUCUACCAUAAAGGCCUGAUUGGUGGAGUGCUGCAGAGAUGGUUGUCCUUCUGGAAGGUUCUCCCAUCUCCUCAGAGGAAUUCUGGAGCUCUGUCAGAGUGACCAUUGGGUUCUUGGUCACCUCCCUGACCAAGGCCCUUCUCCGCCGAUUGCUCCGUUUGGCUGAGUGGCCAGCUCUAGGAAGAGUCUUGGUGGUUCCAAACUUCAUCCAUUUAAGAAUGAUGGAGGCCACUGUGUUCGUGGGGACCUUCAAUGCUGCAGAAAUGUUUUGGUACCCUUCCCCAGAUCUGUACCUCGACAACAAUCCUGUUUCAGACCUCUACGGACAAUUCCUUCGACCUUUUGGCAUGCACUGUCAACUGUGGGACAUUAUAUAGACAGGUGUGUGCCUUUCCAAAUCAUGUCCAAUUAAUUGAAUUUACCACAGGUGGACUCCAAUGAAGUUGUAGAAACAUCUCAAGGAUGAUCAAUGGAAACAGGAUGCACCUGAGCUCAAUUUCGAGUCUCAUAGCAAAGGGUAUGAAUACUUAUGUAAAUAAGGUAUUUUAUUUAUUUUGAAUACAUUUGUAAGAAAAAUAUAUAUAAAAACCUGUUUCGCUUUGUCAUAAUUGGAUAUUGUGUGUAGAUUUGUAUUUAAUCAAUUUUAGAAUAAGGCUGUAACGUAACAAUGUGGAGAAAGUGAAUGCACGUACACAAGUUGCUUAUCAAGAAGACGUGUUCCUGAGUGGCCUAGUUACAGUUUUGACUUAAAUUGGCUUAAAUCUAUCAACAACUAACUUGACAAAUUUAAAAAAUCAUUUAAAAAAGAAUAAUGUGCAACUAUUGUAAAAUCCAGGUGUGCAAAGCUCUUAGACUUACCCAGAAAGACUCUCAGCCGUAAUCACUGGCAAAGGUGAUUCUAACAUGUAUUGACUAAGGGGUGUGAAUACUUACACUACUGUUCAAAAGUUUUAGAACACCUACUCAUUCAAGGGUUUUUCUUUAUUUUUACUAUUUUCUACAUUGUAGAAUAAUAGUGAUUCUUCAAAUAGCCACCCUUUGCCUUCAUGACAGCUUUGCACCCUCUUGGCAUUCUCUCAACUAGUGUCACCUGGAAUGCUUAUCCAACAGUCUUGAAGGAGUUCCCACAUAUGCUGAGCACUUGUUUGCUGCUUUUCCUUCACUCUGUGGUCCGACUCAUCCCAAACCAUCUCAAUUUGGUUGAGGUUGGGGGAGGCCAAGUCAUCUGUGGAGGCCAGGUCAUCUGAUGCAGCACUCCAUCACUCUCCUUCUUGGUAAAAUAGCCCUUACACAGCCUGGAGGUGUGUUGGGUCAUUGUCUUGUUGAAAAACAAAUGAUAGUCCCACUAAGCCCAAACCAGAUGGGAUGGCGUAUCGCUGCAGAAUGCUGUGGUAGCCAUGCUGGUUAAGUGUGCCUUGAAUCAAUAAAUCACAGACGGUGUCACCAGCAAAGCACCCCCACACCAUAACACCACCUCCUCCAUGCUUUGUGGUGGGAAAUACACAUGCAGAGAUCAUCCGUUCACCCACACCGCGUCUCACAAAGACCAAAUGACAAAUUUCCAUCGGUCUAAUGUCCAUUGCUCGUGUUUCUUGGCCCAAGCAAGUCUCUUCUUCUUAUUGGUGUCCUUUAGUAGUCGUUUCUUUGCAGCAAUUCAACCACAAAGGCCUGAUUUCACACAGUCCCCUCUGAACAGUUGAUGUUGAGAUGUGUCUGUUACUUGAACUCUGUGAAGCAUUUAUUUGGGUUGCAAUUUCUGAGGCUGGGAACUUUAAUGAACUUAUCCUAUGCAGCAAGUUAACAUGAGAGGUAACUCUGGGUCUUCCAUUGGUCUUUUACCAAAUAGGGCUAUCUUCUGUAAACCCCCCCCCUACCUUGUCACAACACAACUGAUUGUCAUCAAGUCAAAGGAUGGCUACUUUGAAUAAUCUCAAAUAUAAAAUAUAUAUUGAUUUGUUUACCACUUUUUUGGUUACUACAUGAUUCCUUAUGUGUUAUUUCAUAGUUUUGAUCUCUUCACUAUUAUUCUACAAUGUAGAAAAUAGUAAAAAUAAAGAAAAACCCAUGAAUGAGUAGGUGUUCUAAAACUUUUGACCUGUAGUGUAUGUAAUUUAGAUAUUUCUGUAUUUCAUUUUCAAUAAAUUUGCCAAAAUUUCUAAACAGGUUUUCACUUUGUCGUUAUGGGGUAUUGUGUGUAGAUGGGUGAGAAAAAUAUAUUUAAUCCAUUUUGAAUUCAGGCUGUAACACAACAAAAUGUGGAAUAAGUCGAGGGGUAUGUAUACUUUCUGAAGGCACUGUCUUUGCUUAGACCACUGUUGUUCUGUUAUUACGGUUUAAGUGCAGUACUGUCAUUAGUAACGACUUACAUAAGGCACAAAGUAGGGCUGUGUCCCACCCUAUCCCACCUCUUCCCAAGAUGCAGUCUCAACCCUUUACAGUACCUCAUCAGGUUUUGUAACUGUAAAUAAUAUCUCCUCUCGCUCUGUUUCUAAACAGGCGUUUGGCAAUGCAAAGACUGCACAGAACAACAACUCCAGCCGCUUUGGGAAGUUCAUCCGGGUCAACUAUCUGGAGAGUGGGUCGGUGAGAGGGUAAGGCAGUGUGUUUGUGUUAUCAUGUAUUCCAUGACAUAUUUCAUACCAUAGCAACAACUGUCGCUGCAUGAUAGCAGCAUCACAGAAACAAAAUACCAUUCACUUUUAAAUCAGUGAAUUGGUUUAUUUUGGUUUGCCUGGGUGCCUGUAUGUUUCUGCUCUCUUGCCAACUUCUUAUGGCAAGAGCACAAAGAUCUGGGACCAGGCUAUAUUUCCUCACUGAAUGGCAAUCACAUUUUCAUCAGUGAGUUUCUGGCUAAAAUUGAAUCUCAUUGUAAUUAAUUGGUUUAUUUAUGUAGUUCCUUGCUGCCAGUGUCUCUAACAUGACUGCUGUCAUAACCUUUUUUUUAGUUCACAGCACAGCCAUUUGGCUUUAUUUUACAAAUCAGACAUAAGUACACAAACCACACUUCUAUCAGUUGUUGGUAUUGAUUGAUCUGUUUGUCUCCCUUGCAGGGCAGUAAUUGAGAAGUACUUGCUGGAAAAGUGUCGACUGGUGUUCAGAGCUAAGAGUGAAAGGUAUGGCUGGACUAGCAGAGCUCUGACACACACACACACACAGGUAUGGAUGGACUAGCAGGGAAGACCUGGCGCUUGACAAACAUUUUUGCGCUAUUGACAUCAAUGAAUGAUUCAAGGGAAAGCCAGAGUUGCACCUGCUUAUCUACAUUUUGACUCUGUCCCUUACUGAAUGAGUCCUUGCUUUGCGAUGUAGAAAUGAGCACAUCCAAGAAGACUCAGUUCAUUGUGAAAGUGUCAACACUAAUUCAGGAAAUUCACGCUUUGACUCAAUCUCAGAUCAUGAAUUGUACAGAAGCUUUUCAUUUGUCAUAGGAGCAUCACAUCAACUAUUCUCUGAAGCAAUUUUCUGCUUCUUACUUUACAUUUACAUCAUUUAGCAGACGCUCUUAUCCAGAGCGACUUACAGUUAGUGCAUACAUUUUUUUUUUUUUAUACUGGCCCCCCGUGGGAAUCGAACCCACAACCCUGGCGUUGCAAACGCCAUGCUCUAACAACUGAGCUACCUCCCUGCCGGCCAUUCCCUCCCCUACUCUAGACGACGCUGGGCCAAUUGGUCUCCCGGUUGCGGCCGGCUACGACAGAGCCUGGAUUCGAACCAGGAUCUCUAGUGGCACAGCUAGCACUGCGAUGCAGUGCCUUAGACCCCUGCGCCACUCGGGAGACUUUCACAGGCUGUGAGGUUAAUGCCACACACACAGCAUGAGCUCCUUGUUAUUCUUUUAGGUCCCCUUAUUUAAAGUUUAACCCUGGUCUGAAGUGUAACUUAAUAUGAAAGUGAAGUAGACUUUAAUUCAAGGAAUGCGGAAAAGCAUAGAGAAGGUAUAAGUGAUAGCACCGCUGCACAUUACUCUCAUGCUGCAAAAUGGAAACUAAUGGAAACCCCCCCCCCCCAGCACAGCACCUUUGUUUAUUUGACUAAACAGAGGUGAGUAGAGUGGUAAAAAAAAUUGCUGUACAUAUUCUGCUGUUCUAUCGCGCGUACAAUGAUGUCUGAGGGGUGGGGGAAAAUUGUAUUUGUUUGCUGCAACUUUGUUGUUGUAAUAUCCCCAACAGAUGUGGCGGUUUCACCAUUUAUGAUUCCAGCUUUAAAGGCCCAAAGCAGCCUUUUUAUAUCAAUAUCAGAUAAUUACUGGUUAACAGUUAAGUACCUUACUGUACAAAAAUCGCUUUUUAGCGAAAAAUAAUUUCUCAUGCAAGAGUUUUGCUAGGACUGUCUGGGAGUGGUCUGAGUGGGGAGGGGAAAACUUUAAACUGGCUGUUAUUGGCAGAGAGGUUUGAACUCUUUUUUUAUUGGUCUAUUAACCAAUUUACCGCCUGGUGAUGUCACCAGGAAAGCCGAAACUCCCACCCAUGCAAACCUGCUGAUUAGAAGGUCCUGUUUAGAUUGUAUUUUCAACAAGCAAAAUUAGGAAAUAACACCGAUUUUUUUUAUUUGUAACACUUUUACAGUGUUAGUUUCAUCAGCUGUUGUACAAUAUGAUACAAAACACAGGACGAAUCGCACAAUCACACCAUUUGAAUCAAUUAGUUACAAUGUUUAUUACUGAUUCAUGCACUAUAUAUACACUAAUGAUUAACAGUCUAUGACUGGGGACCUAUGUUUUUACUGACCAUGAAAUACCCAGAGCCUUACGGUAGUUGUUGCCUAUAACUAAGGCCUGGAAUUUUUCCUGGUCAGGUCAUGCAGUCAGAAAAAACUCCUGGCCCUCUCUACAGUACAGUAUAGCCUCUAACAUCUGACUUUCAGGAACUACUACAUGUUCUAGUACCUGCUGGUGGGGGCUUCUGACUGAAACACACACAGUAUGACCUCUGACCCUUGACCUCCAGGAACUACCAUGUGUUCUACUACCUGCUGGUGGGAGCGUCCAAGGAGGAGCAGAGAGAGUUCAGUCUGCUGCAGCCUGAAGAAUACACAUACCUACAACAGGUACACACACAUAUGCGCGCACACACACACACACACACACACACAGACACACACAAUCACACAGUAACACAGGGUAAACACCAGUUCAGUUGAGUUCCGAUUUCAACUGUAUGGAAGUCAUUACUUGUAUAACUUUUCAUACGAAAGCCUGGUCUGGAGCGCUCAACUGUAUUGUUGUAUUCAUUAUUAAUGUUGUGUCCCAAAUGGCACCCUAUUCCCUAUAUAGGGCACAACUUUUGAUCAGGGCCCAUAUGACUCUGGUCAAAAGUAGUGCAAACUAUGUAGGGAAUUGUGCCAUUGGCCCUGAUCAAAAGUAGUGCACUAUAUAGGUAAAAGGGUGCCAUUGGCCCUGAUAAAAAGUAGUGCACUAUGUAGGGAAUAGGGUGACUUAGUGUCAGAGUUCAUCUCUAGUCUAAACUGCCCUAUCAUGUGGCUCUGACUGUUACAUUAUGAUCUGUUAGUGCACGUCUGUCUGUCAUCAGGGUAAUACCUGUUUGUAUAGAAUAACUAUCUUCAAAGUAAUGACUCGGGACGUCGGUUGUGAGAUGAAAGCUUAUUUUUAGUAAUAAUACUUGUUCAUGUUACAUUUUACUGCUUUAGAUUUUAAAAACAAUAAAAGAAAGUUGCUAGCGAAAGCCAGGAUAAUCACUUGUACAUAACUGGCGCGUUCUCGUUUUUCUUACUUCCUGUCGCAAGGCAUUCUGGUACUUGCAGUCAAUAGCGUAAUCCAAUACUAACCAAUACAACAGAAAUAUGUACAUAGUUCUCUCAACCUCCAUCACAUGAAUUCUAAUACAAUUAGUCUUACAUAUGUAAAUAACUCAAUAGCUCAAUGAAUUCACUGUAAACAUUAGCUCUGUAACCCAUUAAAGUUACAACAGUCUGUAAGCCUGUACUCUAGGUCAGCAAUACAGAUGCUAAAAGCAUAUUUGUCUUCAUAUUUUCUCUUUAUUUUCUGUCAAUUGUCUCUCUAUUUUCUCUAUUUUUUUUCUGUUUUAAGUGGAUUGACAUUUUUUAAAAGUUUGUUUCAAUUAAUUAGCUCUGUCACUGCUCAGGAGAACUUUCAUUUAGAAGACGCUGAGGAUCUCAGACAUGAGUUCAAGAGGCUUCAUCAGGCCAUGGAGAUGGUGGGAUUCCUGCCCUCCACUAAAAAACAGUACGUAUGGAUACUUUUAGGGUUAACUCUUCAGGGGAGCGAGACAGAGCGUGUGCAACGAAACGAGAAAGCGUGAAGGAGACCGAGGGAGACUGAGAUAAUGACAAAAUUGAGAGCGCCAGAUCUCUAUAAACCAGUUUCUCAGAAACCUUAUCCUCUCCUGUUUACGUCCCCUGUACCAUACUCUUGUCAUCUCUCAUGAUCCCUGAUGAUAUCUCUUUUUCUGUCACAGUCAAACCUGAUGGAACUAAAACGGUCUGUAUUUAACAUUACAACUCUCCAAGAAUUACACCUCUCUCUCCCCCAUGGCCACAGCAGGUUAGAGCUUGUCAGUCCUAGCAGGAGAAAAAUGCAGGGAACAUUUCAGCAGCAGACAUCUGAUCAUGGCCUUAGGGUGUGGCAGGUGGAACAGUAGAUCUUUGUUACUCACCUGGUGGCCUACUGGGGUUGUUUCUCUAUGUAAUUAUAUGGUAGCUCGUAAAUGAUAAUGUGUGUGUAUAUGUGUAUUGUGUCCUUGAAAUAAGGAUGAUGCAAUAACUCCUACUAGCCAGUGAGUGGCGCUCCUGGUGUGUGAGACUGUUAUCCAGGUGUAUUGUGCCCUAUGUUUUCUUGUGCAGGAUAUGAUCAGUAAUAAAGGUGUAUUGUAUAAUAAUUGUGCGUGUCUGUGUAGGAUAUUUUCCAUGCUCUCUGCCAUCCUGUAUCUGGGCAACGUGACGUACACCCAAUCAGAAGAUGGCCAGGAGCUGGAGGCGGGGCCAGCAGACGUCCUCUCAACCCUGUCUGACCUGCUCAAGGUACAGGCAUCAAUCUAUCACUCAAUCAAUAUCUUUAUUAUCUCACCUACUCAAGGUAGAGGAAUCAAUCAAUCUUUAGUCUCACCUGCUUAGAGGAACACCUGUACACUGCGUUAACUGACAGUCUGCUCUGUUCUCAUAGGUCAAACAGGAGUUGCUGGGGGAGGCUUUGACCAAGAGGAAACAAAAAACAGCCAAUGACAAACUAGUUUUACACUACACUCUCAAAGAGGUAGGGGUUCUAACUCCAGUUACAUUUAUUUUCCUUUUUCUAUCUCACAUGACAUGAGAGGGAAAACUCCAGACAGUAGUUAUAGCCAGGAUCUGGAGAUUUUCCUUGUCAGGUCAUGUGUGGUCAGAAAAAAAUUGGUGCCCUGGUGUUGUGGACUUAUAUGGCUCUUGUUGGCUUUGCAGCCUUUUUUGUGGUGUUUCUUGCUGUUAUCUUAUAGGCCAUAACGUUGUCUUGUCAUUGUCCUACCCAGGCUGUGACUGCUGUUGUCUUGUUGUUGUCCUACCCAGGCUGUGACUACUGUUGUCUUGUUGUUGUCCUACCCAGGCUGUGACUAUGGUUGUCUUGGUGUUGUCCUACCCAGGCUGUGACUAUGGUUGUCUUGGUGUUGUCCUACCCAGGCUGUGACUAUGGUUGUCUUGUUGUUGUCCUACCCAGGCUGUGACUAUGGUUGUCUUGGUGUUGUCCUACCCAGGCUGUGACUAUGGUUGUCUUGGUGUUGUCCUACCCAGGCUGUGACUAUGGUUGUCUUGUUGUUGUCCUACCCAGGCUGUGACUAUGGUUGUCUUGGUGUUGUCCUACCCAGGCUGUGACUAUGGUUGUCUUGGUGUUGUCCUACCCAGGCUGUGACUACUGUUGUCUUGGUGUUGUCCUACCCAGGCUGUGACUAUGGUUGUCUUGUUAUUGUCCUUCCUAGGCUGUGACGAUCAUUGUCGUGUUAUUGUCCUUCCUAGGCUGUGACAGCGCGGGACUCCAUGGCCAUGUCUCUGUACAGCUCUCUGUUUGACUGGAUCGUCCUGCACAUCAACCACGCUCUACUCAACAGACGAGACAUGGAGGAGGCCGUCUCUGUAAGACUACCAUUCACUGUACUAACCCUAACCCAGAGACAACCCCUACCCUAACCCUUUCACUGCAGCUUUAACGCCACAAUCUGUAACUUUCACUUCCAGUCAAAAGUGCUGCCCCUGCAUUUGUUUGACAACAUUUCAACCCAGCUUUAGAAGGAUUAGUAAAGGAAAAGUGGUUACAUAGCGUAAGCACUGCUGUUUAGUUACUCAUUGUGUAUCUAUCAUUACUUUUAUUAUUACGCAUUUUACUUUUCAAUUAUCAAAAUUCAUAAGAAGAUUAUUCAUUUUCUUUUAGUGUUUGUCCAUAGGUAUCCUGGAUAUAUUUGGUUUUGAGGAUUUCCAGACAAAUAGCUUUGAACAGUUCUGCAUCAACUACGCCAACGAGAAACUACAGUAUUACUUCAACCAGCACAUCUUCAACCUGGAGCAGGUGAGCUCUAUAAGGGAAAGGAAAGGGGGAUACGUAUCAGUUGCACAACUGAAUGCGUUAUAAACCCUUCACCCCAUAAAAGGGUACCUUCAUGUGAAGUUAAAUCAUCUCUAAUUGAGAAUUAAUAAAGUCAUUCAUGAAUUUAGUCAUCCAUCCAUCUAUUCACGCAUCUAUUCCAGAAGGAGUACCAGGCAGAGGGGAUCAGCUGGAGCACCAUAGACUACACUGACAACCUGGGCUGUAUCCAUCUGAUCAGCCAGAAACCAACUGGGCUGUUCCACCUACUUGAUGAGGAGAGCAAGUAAGUCUAGGAGGGCCAAGAGUUUCAACCUAAAACUAAACUAGGGCCCAGGAGUGUUUCUAGUCAGGUCACAUGGUCAGGAGAAACUCCUGGCCCUGUCUGCAAGGUCUGUGUUUCAGUAGUCUGUAGUUACUUCAGCACUGAUUUAGAGGAAGUGGACAGGUGAAAAGAGGCUUCCUCUAUUGCUUUUACCUAACCCAGUCUUUGUGUCCUUAGUCUCCCUCAGGCCACGGAUGACACUCUGCUAGACAAGUUCAAGCAGCAGCAUCAAGACAACCCGUACUUCGUCCCCACCACAGUGAAGUUACCAGCCUUCGUCAUCCAACACUUCGCUGGGACGGUCAAAUACCAGAUCAAGGUACAGAAAGGCAAGGGGAGCAACCUAUUAGUCGACACUGUCGGUCGAAAGGACAUCACACAGCUAACUGUCCUCCUUCUGACCCUUUCUUUAUCCUGUCGUCUUCCUCUCCCUGUGUCCCUCUCUCUCCCUCCUCAACCCCUCUCCCUCCUCAUCUCCUCUCCUUCCCUCUUCCCUUCCUCCUCCUCUCCUUAUCACGAUCAGGAUUUCCGGAAGAAGAACACGGAACACAUGCGUCCGGACAUCGUGGCGUUGCUACGUAGCAGCGAGCGGGCAUUCAUGCGUCAGCUGAUUGGGUCAGACCCAGUGGCUGUGUUCCGAUGGGGCAUCCUCCGGGCCACCAUACGCAUCAUAGCGGCCUUCAACAAGGCCGGAAGCCGCCGGGCAGUCACAGGUAGGCUGCUCUUUCGAUAUACCGUCUCUCCUAGACCUGUCCAAUCAGGGGUUUUCAUGUUUACAUGAACUGGCCGGGCCAGAGAAAACAUUUUAGUAGCAUAUAACUAGCCUAUAACUGUAAUUGGUCAGAUAUUAUUAUUUUUUCUGGUCAGGUUAUGAGUCUCUUGAGAUGUGACUUACUACACUAUGGUGACGAUGAUAAGAUGACUAACAUGGCGAGGACUGUGUACUCUACAGGUCUGGCGAAACGCACCUCCAGUCACUCUAUAGGGGAACUGAAUAGGAGACCGAGCUCAGCUCUGCAGAGACUGUCCAGGUAGGAGGAGAGAGACUAGGCUGGCACUCGUUACAGUUGCAACGUUAUAGUUGAGCAUGUUUCACCUUCAUCUAAAGAGAAGAGACAGAAGGCCUUAGUCCAGGGGUGUGCUAUCGUAUCCACAGAAGGCUGAUGUGGGGGCAGGUUUUUGUUCCAGCCAAACACAUCAAAUCAAAGUUUGUUGGUCAGAUGCGCCGAAUACAACAGAUGUAGACUUGCAAAUGCUUACUUAUGAGCCCGUUCCCAACAAUGAAGAGUUAAAAAGUAAGAAAAAUAUUUGCUAAAUAAAAAAGGAGAUAACACAAUAAAAACAAUAACAAGGCUAUAUACAAGGAGUACCAGUACCGAGUCAGGGGUACAAGGUCAUUGAGGUAAUACAGUAUGUACAUGUAGGUAGGGGUAAAAGUGACUAGGCAAUCAGGAUAUAUAAUAAACAGAGUAGCAGCAACAGCGUAUGUGAGAGUGUGUGUCAGUGUAGUAUGUGGGAGUGCGUGGGCAGAGUCAAGUGAGUGUGCGUAGAGCCAGUGCAAGAGAAUUAGUGCAAAACAAAUUAGAUUAAUAAAUAAUAAAGGGGGUCAAUGUAAAUAGUCCGGGUAGCCAUUUGAUUACCGGUUUAACGGUCUUAUGGCUUUGGGGUAGAAGCUGUUCAGGAGCCUUUUGGUCCAGGGAGAGGUUGUUGUCCUGGCAGCACACGGCCAGGUCUCUGACCUCCUCCCUAUAGGCUGUCUCAUCGUUGUCGGUGAUCAGGCCUACUACUGUCGUGUUGUCUGCAAACUUAAUGAUGGUGUUGGAGUCGUGCGCGGCCACGCAGUUGUGGGUGAACAGGAAGUACAGGAGGGGACAGAGAACGCACCCCUGAGGGGCCCGCGUGUUGAGGGUCAGCGUGGCGGAUGUGUUGUUGCCUACCCUCACCACCUGGGGGCAGCCAGUCAGGAAGUCCAGGAUCCAUUUUCAGAGGGAGGUGUUCAGUCCCAGGGUUCUUAGCAGCUUAGUGAUGAGGUUGGAGGACACUAUGGUGUUGAACGCUGAGCUGUAGUCAAAUGAACAGCAUUCUCAAGUAGGUGUUCCUUUUGUCCAGGUGGGAAAGGGCAGUGUGGAGUGCAAUAGAGAUUGCGUCAUUCAAUUCAACUAACAUUUUUCUUUAGCCACAGCUCCCUACUGGACUUCUCGUUCGAUCGGUCCGAUGACAAUCCUCUGGAGGUGUUCGAGGACGUCUUUGCCAACUACGAGAAAAGGAAGUAAGUGGACUGGUGGGGAAAAAGCAGGAGGCAGGUUGUUGAUAGGAUGUUACAUACUGUACAUUGUCAACAAGAAACUAUGCUGAAGGCUAGCCUGCUGUAGCCAACGCUAUCAUUUUCAAGCCAUAAAUACAUAAUAACUUUCAUCUAUCUUGCCUGUAAAAUCCAGUUCACCACCAUCUCUCUGUCUUUUCUCCCUUAGGAAGAGCAAGGCGAGCAAGCACAAGCAGGUCAUUCCUAAGGUAAUGUAUUAGUAGCUGCCAUUAUCAAAGAAGUGAUUUCUUGGGUCUUUUUAUUGGUUUACAUUACUUCUGUACUGUCUUUACAGCUCACAUGGACAGGACAGUCUCCUGGCGCCAUCUAUAACCAUAUUACAACACUGUGUCAUUGUAGUUGUGUAACAAUGUGUGAUGAUGAUUGAUUGAUUGAUGUGGUACAUCCUACAGAAUCUGAUGAACUCUCGGUCCCUGAAGCACAUCGUAGGCCUGACGCUCCAUCACAGCACCUCCCGCUCUCUGCUCCACCCACACCAGAGGAAGAAACCACCCAGCAUCAGCGCUCAGUUCCAGGUCUGCUUCCCCAACACAGACACGCAGGCAGCAUGCACACACACAUGCAGGCACACACACCCCUACCAGCCUCCUCCCACUGAGAGCUGACCAGAACAAUGAGCUUGUCUGAGCAUUGUGUGUGUGUCAUUAAAACUCCAUUAAAUAUCAUUAACGGGAGCUGUAAACAGCAUUACCUCAACUUACUGGUGUGCUAUAUUGUAAUGUUGUUCUGUAGGCGUCUCUCAAUAAGCUCCUGAAGACUACACACACACACACACGCCACUGACUGGUGUGAUAUAUUGUAAUGUUGUUCUGUAGGUGUCUCUCAAUAAGCUCCUGAAGACUACACACACACACACACGCCACUGACUGGUGUGAUGUAUUGUAAUGUUGUUCUGUAGGUGUCUCUCAAUAAGCUCCUGAAGACUACACACACACACACACGCCACUGACUGGUGUGAUAUAUUGUAAUGUUAUUCUGCAGGCGUCUCUCAAUAAGCUGCUGGAGACUGUGGGAAAAGCAGAGCCUUUCUUCAUCCGCUGUAUCCGCUCCAAUGCUGAGAAGGUAGGGUUACAUGUACUUUAUAAAGAUUGUCUAUGUCUAUCCCUUACAGAAAAACCACACGAUUUCACAUGUGGAAAAUCACAUCAUUUCACGUGAAAUUUCACAUGUGAAAACAUGUUUUUGAAACACUUCACAUGUGAUCAUGUGAAAUUCAUGUGGUUUUUCCGUAAGGGAAGACAUAGGAUGAUACAGUAUUUACCGGGGUUGGGGUCAAUACCAUUUCAGUUAAACAAGUAAACCAAAUUCCAAUUCCGAAUUUUUCUAAUUGAAAUGCAUUGAAGAGAAUUGGAAUUUCAGUGUACUUCCUGAAUUGACUGGAAUUGACCCCAACCCUUUUUACAUUUUGGUCAUUUAGCACAGUGGUUUUCAAAUUUCUUUGAUGACCCCCAGACGUAUCACAUUUUGUUGUAUCCCUAAACUAGCUCACCUGAUUCACCUAGUCAAGGGCUUGAUGAUUAGUUGACAAGUUGAAUCAGGUGAGCUAGCUCUGGAAUAGUUCAAAUACAUGGAAAAUCAGGGGUCCCCGAGGAGCGGUUUGAAAACCCCUGAUUUAGCAGACGCUUAUAUCCAGAGAGACUUAAAGUCAGUAUUGAUGACAGAAUUUCUAUCUGUUUAAUGCAUUCACUGAUGCAACUUUGUGUUCCUUGUAGAAGGAGAUGCUGUUUGACAAUGCUCUGGUGCAACAGCAGCUGAGGUACACAGGCAUGUUGGAGACGGUACGCAUCCAGAAGUCUGGCUACAACGCCAAGUUCACCUUCAAGGAGUUCUUAGAGCAGUUCAAAGUGCUGCUGCCUAAAGAAGCAACCACAGCACCAGAGAACAUAGCUAAUCUGCUGCAUAAGAUGGGCCUAGGACCGAGCACAUACCAGAUUGGGAAAACCAAGGUAACACAUUACAUUAUAGCCUCCAUUGAAAAGCCAAAAAGUGAUUAGUAGUUCUUGCUCAAACAACUGAAAGCAUCAUUUGACUUUAUUUAGGUUUAUCUUAAACAUGUAGUCCCAUCUAAAUCUCCUUUAUCUCCCAGGUGUUCCUGAAGGGGAGGGAGAAGCAGCAUCUCCAGGACACCCUGAACAAGGAAGUGAUGCGUCACAUCAUCAUCCUGCAGCGCUGGUUCAGGGCCUGUCUCAUCAGGAACCACUUCCUCUACAAGAAAGACGCCGCCAUCAGAAUACAGGUUUGUACCUAUAUGGCAGAAACCAUGAUCACACUGGAAUCUAUUGCUUAAAAUCACAACAAUGUGUACAGGACCUAUCCCAGCCCAGAGAGCACUGUAUAAAAAGUUCUGCCAAGGUUGUGCCUCUGUGUGGUAGGGUAAGAUUCGUGUAUUUUUACAGUGGUGCGGCUACUCUGUCCUAGACAAAUUUCCCCUCAGGGACAAUAAAGUUGAUCUCAUCUUCUCCUAUAGCGAUGUUGGCGGGCGUUCCGGGCGGACAACAGAUGCCGUGCGGCCACAGUGAUCCAGGCAGCGUGGCGAGGCUCUCAGAAGAGGACAGACUACCUGAGAAAGAGGAACAGCAUCAAGAAGAUGCAGACACUGAUCAGGAACAAACAAGGUCGAAACGGGUACUAAGACUCGUCUUUUUCUAACCUAAAAAUUUAUAAUAAAGUUAUACAACUUUGAACUUCAGGGCCCUGAGUUCUUCUGACCAGGACACAUUUCUGACCCUACUUCUAGCUCAAAGGCUGAGGGAGAGAAGCCCUCGCCUCCCCAGCUCCCUUCCAAGCCCCAGUCCAAGCCCCAGUCCAAGCCCCAGCCCCUGCCCAAGCUACCACCCAAGCUCCAGACCCUGCACCAGAAAAGCCUGGAGAGGAAGGAGCUGACGAGGCAGCACAGUUUGGAACACAGCCCCAAUAGGAGCCCCAAACCAGGCCCAGAGGUUAGCAGACAGGAAGCCACCCAGAGGAACACUGAGUCGGAGAAGAGAGAGGGUAGAGGCUCUCCGCCUCCUCUCAACAUACCUCUCUCCCUUCCCCUGGACCCCAAGGCUGGCAGGUACUGUAUGAUUCUCUCCCAUCCCUCACCUCUGUCCUGCUCACCCCAUCCUUCACCUCUGACCUAUUCACUGUGAUAGCUGAUGUGUGGUGAGCUUUAUGGUGCAGAAUGGCUGCCAUGGCAGUGGCAUCCCCCAGGUGGUUGCUCUCUACAUAUUGGUAAUGGAUGAAGUGAGCUCCCAGUCUCCCACCCACCCCAAUGCAAAUUUUAAAAGAGCUUUUAGCACCUGCUGAAAAAUAUUCUAUGAAUCUGUUAUUAUUCAAUGUAAAGUGUUUUGCUGGGUGGAAAAGCACUAUAUAAAUCCAAUCCAUAUUAUGUUUUUUAACAGGGACGGAGAAGGGGCGUUAACCAGCCUGUCCCACUACACACGCAACCUGGAGCGCUACUCCCACAUGGAGGACAUCAAGGAGCAUGCAAAGAGGUGGAAGAGCAGGAGGGAGGGAGGACAUCCGGAAGACUCCAACCCUGAGAUCCAGCGGCCCAGGGAUAAACGCAUGGAGGGAUUGCUGCAGUAUGACAUAAUAUGUCAUGUUAUCAUAAUGUUAUGUCCAGUGGUGUAGUGGAGGGUAAACGCUAUUUACGCGCCUUUUUUAUUUUGCGCAAGUGUUGACCCACCUUUUGCGGAAAAAGGCAUUGAAAGUAUAGGGAGCGUUACUUUACUCACCGCGAACGGCAAUCAGCCGUUCUUACCUCUAUUUUCUUACCUCUACAUCACUGGUUAUGUCAUGUCUUAGUGUUUCUCUCAACCAUACAUGUUAAGACCCUUCAAUGCCCCCUCAAUAUGAUCUCGGAUCACUAGGUAGAUAUACAUGAAGUUAUCUUUCUUUCCCCAUUCUCUGAUUUAUCUUUCAUCAGUAUCUUAUAGAAAUGUCUUGAAUUCUAACAAAGAGUUUACAGUUGACAUAUUUCUCUCUCUUAACUCAGGAACCAAUGGAAGUCUAUCUCGCUGGACAACGUGUCCAAGUUCAGCUCCUCAGGGUCAGGCUCAGACAGCUCUUCCUCCAUUACUGAGGUACUGCUACUCUACUACUGUUCAUUCCUACACUGUAGCGAUGUACUAUUGAGGUAUUCUUCUCUCAUAAUGUCAUUAUUCCUAUUACACUAUUACAUUAUUACGUAUCACAGCACAUCACUCUGCUACUGAGGUACUGGUCUCUUAUACUGGAUGUGACUGUCAUUAAUGUUAUUCUAUUACACUAUUGCCUCAUUACAUGUCACACACACACAGGUAGCUAAGAUGCUAUGUGACGUGCUUUGUGAAGUGUUGUUACUGUAUGUCCUAACCCCCCUGCUACUUCUGUUGACACACAUGGAUGGAUCCCACUCUACAGCUGGUCAGUAGGCACGAAGCGGGAAAACAUUUUAGAACCGGAAAACUAACAUUCAGCAUAUAUUUUGGGGGGGACAAAAGACAAUAGACAACUUAACAUUUUACAGAAAUGGAUCCACUAAACUAGACAUGACGUUGGCUGGGACUUAAUGCCCAACCUUCGACAUAAAGAAAAAAGACGAAUACAGACAAAAAACACCAACUCAGACGUACAUCAAUUUCAACAAACAUCAAUGACAUCAUACUUGCUCAAACGUACAUGUUCCCACAGUAGCCAUACCCAUCUUUUUUGUUCUCAUAAUUAUUAUUAUUUUUUUCUGUAUAUUUCUUGGGCUUGUUAUACUUUAUGCCAAUUGUUCUAUUUUAUCUGUAGCCCACAUUUUUUCAAUAUUUAAAUAAUAAUGCAUUUGAUUCAUCCACUGUCUUAAUGAUGGAGGAUCAUUUCCCAUUUUUAAAGGGACAUUUCAAACAUUUUCAACUUCAUAUUCAUAAUCUCCAGCACCACCCCAACAUUGACAUAUGAAGUAAAAGAAAAUAUAAAUUUUCAUUUAGGUAAAGGUUUUUUCUAAAUGUAUUGAUGAGUCCAACCCACUGCACCCUCAUAUGCCAUGUCUUUAAAUAUUCCGAUAGACGGAUUAAAAGUAAACUUACAUUGUACACCUUCUGAUAACCAACUUUCUAACUAAGAAAAUUCUACAUGCUACUGCCUGUUUCAAAAUGUAUUUUUCCCAUUUUGUUCCUACUGAACACAACCCUUGAACAGUGAGGGGUCUCUCAGUCCCUCACCUCACUUCACCAGUGCCUCUUGACCUCUCCUGGCCACCAUAGGUCAGGGUGCGCUCCCGCAAGCGGCCCAAUCACAAGCGGCGGUUAGCCUACGCCCGCAGCGGGCUGAUGUUUAACCUUAAGAGUUCCUUGGAGAGCGAGUUUUGGACCUUCCCCCUCCCCCCCAUGAGCCCCCCACCGGGGGUCAGUGGCAUGGGCCAGUCCGGCCAAUCAGAGGUCGACAUCCGUCCACGCAAACCUGAGGUCCAGGUACCAACCGGCCUGACUAUGGAAAACUACUACGGGCCCUGGCACUGCACGCUGAAUUACUCUCUUGCUGUGCAUGCACUGCAGGCUUUGUGUAUGUUAAGACAGGAUCUCAUCUCACCUCGUCUCACAGUCCCCAGCUGGAUGGGUCUGCAAUGUUCUACAGUGUUCUGCGGGGUCUAUAUACUGGCUUCUCUUCUUCAGGCCUGGGAAAGACCCAGAAAACAGAGCUAGUCACAACCAUGGACCAUCCUCUGCCACCUAAACACAGUGGCUGGAUGGCUCUCUGGCUGCUGCAGCUUGUUUCUGACCUUUUUUGUCACAAUGUUUAGACAACACCAUCAUCAAAACCAUGUACAGUUCACAUCCCAUUGAUAGAAGUUCAAUGUUAUGGGAGUAGUAAUGGGACUAGUUCCACAGUUGUCCUUGUGUGUAUCCCCUCUUGGUAGAGAGAGAAUCGUUUUUUUGUUCUACAAACUAUAGCCUCUCAUAUAACACAUGGGUCCGUGUCAAUCAAGAUACACAACGAUAACUAAUAUUGUAGUCUGUGAUGUUCAUUGCUGCGCUCAAUUGGCUACAGCAAAAAAGGUCAUAGGUCAGGCAGAGGUUAGGCUCAUGAUGCUGCUGAAGGUGUAAACAUGGGUUAAGAGGGAGUUUCACCCAUAUUCCUUUUUAUUCCAGUCCAUUCCUUUGACAUCCAUGUGGGGAGUUUACUGUAAGAGCGCACUCUUCAGGGAGAAGGAAGGGGGAGAGACUGAACUCGGCUAUGGGUGUGGUGGCUGCAAGCAGACAGGCGCUCCUGCUGGGGAAUGGGGACUAACCAAUGAUUUAUACAAACCCUUGAUUGAUGAUGCUAUGUAUUGGUCAAUGAUAGGCUUUGAAGCCACCGGCCGCCAUAUUGGUACUCCUCAGAAGGAGCAGUACUCUACAGUAUUUCAAUCCAAUGUUUCAAGGACAAAAUACAUGUAUUUAGGUAUUUAUUUGUUGUAGUGGGGACAGUAACAUUAGUACUUUCCAAAAAAAUUAUACUUAAAGGAAUAUGUUUUAUAGUUUAUUUUUAUGUUCAUUUGACAUAAUAUAAUUUUAAAGAAUGCUUUAAAGCUAGAAUCCGCAGUUAAAACAAUAAAAAAAAGCAGAGGGAUGGGCCUGGAGAAAUGUAACCACUCAAAUUCAUAGACAGAGCUAUGGAUGCAACGACUGGCCAUCCAUGUGGUAAAAAAAAACGUGUUUUGAGGAUGUACAGUGUUUGUUUACAUGUACGUUGUAUACAAACAUUGAAGUAAAAAAAGCUUAUGUUGGAUUCUGAUGGUGUACGACAGUUGAACUAAGCUCAUGAGGCAUUUAUAAGGUAUAUUCUUCAAGAAUCAAUAGGUAUAUAUCAUUAAUUUAUAAGUCAAAAAAUGUAUGUAGCAACUAAGGAUUCUAGCUUUAAGUUGUCUGUAAUAGAAUAUUACUUCUCAAAAAACGAAUGUAGACAUUAAAGGCAUUUCUAUAGCUUACAAAAUCUUUUUUACAAUGGAGGAGCACAAAUAUGGCUGUGCAGUGGCUUGAAAACAUCGCCCCCUAUCCGUUAUCUAGGGUAUAUAUCAUUGGAACUAACUAACUGGUGUGGCUGGGCCUGGGAGUUUUGUGCUAGUGCUAGUGCUACACCUACAGACACUGGGGAAAGGGCAUGACAUCUCUGUUCAUCAAUAUUUUCAUACUUUCUAGGCACCAUCAUUCCCUACAUGUUACCGGUUAAUAAUGAUGCAUCUGAUUUGCCCCCAGCAUGGUUGUUGUCUCAUGUCAUACAAUCUUUGAUGUUCAGUAAUUGUUUUAUCUCUGUUUCAGAAAUCUUCAGAUAUUACCACGGAUGUGGGACGGUUCAGCCUCCCAGCCAUGAAGACAAAUGAGAGCUCAAUCAUCAAAGACUGCAGCCAAUCCCAGCCGACCACACCUGAGAAGUAAAGGCCAUUCAGCCAACCGGGACACGGGAGGCUGUAAACCAUAAUUGAUUAGUUUUUUUUAGUUAUUUCCUGUAUAUUGAAUGGAGAUGAUACCAUGUUCUUUGUCAUGGUUAAAUGUUAACUCUUUGUGUUCCACAGGCUUGGCUUUUUCAGUAAGAUUAUGAAGAAAUGGCCCAAUAAAGACUCUCAGCCACCUGAGUAUGGGAAGCUGACUAAUGAGAAUACACAAUCUGAAAAAGGAGGUAGUAGUCCCGUAAACUGCUCACUGUACUUUCCAGCUUUAGGGCUCUAUUUUCGGUAAGCGUAAAGGUGGCGCUAGUGUCAAACGCACCUUACUUUGCAAUUUCGUCAUGUAAAAACUAGUUUAUUGGCAUUUUCCAGCCUGAACGCCAUGUUCGGCAAUUUUACCUGUCUUAUAUCAGCUCGCUUUCGCUCAGAUGGACGGGGUGGAAAUAUUUGAGGUGUGUCCUUAAAAACAUGAUCCAAGGUGCUAAUUUCAGGCAACGCUGAUAGGGAUAUUUAAGACCAACCAAAAGUUGGUUUUAGCGGUAACGCAGUUGGUUAUGGCAUGAAUUUUGACAGCGGAAACUCAGCCUAUCCAGCUGUGACGCACACUGCCCAUAUGCGCAUGGAGCAAGAGUAGACUAAUGUUCAUAUUUAGAACCAAAAACCUAAUGUUUUUUCCCAUUUCGUUUUAUUUGAUGAAAAGCCAAGCAUAGCCUCCCCUCAAUUAUUUUUUGAUUUUUUUUGUCUGCCGAAUGCAAUCGCGAAGUAGUCAAGACUGUUGAUAAAGGUUUUAACUCCUGAGACCGCUUGUAAAUAAAUCUUAAUCACCAAAGCUUUAUUAAAAUAUCAAGUUUGAGAGGAGUAAAACAGUGAGCUGACAUUAACCUUUUUAUCUAUGCAUUGUAAGCAGGCCCACAUUAUUUUAGUCAUGCAGGUCCCGUUUUGGAUGUGCGUAAAACCCUCCAUAGUCUGUGUUGUUUUAAUAUUAUAUGCCCACGGGGAGAAAUGAUGGUGCCUGUAAGUGUGACAUAGCCUAUUUAAAACAAGUUGUCGUUUUGUUUAGAAUUUGAUUAGAAUUAUUCGUUACCUUUUUAGGCCUUAUCAAUAAUGAAUUUAAUCUUGCUUUUUUUUGGCAUGUCCAUGCUCAGCCAUAAGGCCAUUUACAGUAGGCCUAGCCCCUAUAUCAGAGUGAAUGCUAUUGAAGCCAUGCAAUUACUUAGAACAAUGUGGACUGAAAAUGGGUUCAAGUUUAGCAAAGAUGGGAUAGGUCUACAUUUCGUUUCUGUAAGCCAUUUAAUAAACUAUAACGGACUUACAUUGAAAUUGGAGUUGAUUCCAAGGCAAUACAUAAAAGAUUGUAAAUACACAACCUGAAGCAACCACAUAUUUCGCCAUGGAGCAUGUUCUGAUUGGCCAGUGAGUGGCCAAGCCUCGACACACCCACAACUUGUUAAUUCAUCAAAACCCAGCCCUUUCGCGCCAACGCCAGCAAGUGCGCCGAUAAUUGUGAUAGUGAAAAUAGCAAAAAUAUUUCUGACACACCCCUGAACAUAUAGCGCUACUGCCUGCUUUUAGAUUUACCAUUGGGUUAGUUUAGUUAAAAUAGAGCCCUAUUACUGUGCUAUGAUGAAGCAAUUUUAGUGCUUUCAAAUCGUGUCUCCUCUUUACUACCAUCUAGUGGUCAAUGGUAUAAUCUCAACCACGUGUCCCCUCUAUCUAAAAGCACACACACAUAUCCUUCCCUCACCUACAGCCAUCUCUCCCUCCUCCCCGUACUCCUACUCCUUGUCGAGCGAGGGCAGCGGGCGGCGUCGUAACCCCACCGUCGGGAUCAGCAGAGCCACUCGAGUCUCUGAGCAGUGGAAUGCUUCUCUGGAACGGGAGAUCACUGACACCAACGAGCUCCGACACCUGGACGAGUUCCUGGGGAACCAGGUGGGAUACCGGUCUCGCACUCACCUGUCUCUCACUCACCUGGCAUUCACCGCAGACUUAGGAGUUAGCCCUAUUGCAACAGCAUAUUGUUUUAUAAAAAAUCAGAGUAUUGUAAAUACAAAGGAACAAACCGGGGAUAUCUUAGUAUUGUAUAGCCUAUUGGUUUAUUAGGAUGUGUUUUAGUCAACUUUAAAGGCUAGUCUUCAGAGUUUUUCAAGAGCAGUUAUUGACUGACUAAGAUCGCCCAGUCAUUCAUUCACCAUCUCUCUCUAUCACUCAUAGACACACUCACAUGUGUACUAAUAACACUGAGACAUGGCGCCAUAGGCGUCCACAGAGUUGGUGCACUAACUUUUUCCUUCACGUGCUUUGUUACUCGCAUGUUCAUGCACUGCAUCUUUAGAACAUACCGACUGUUACCAGUUCUUGUCAGAGGAUCUAAACACAGUCUGCCCCGAAUGAUAGAUAAUGAGAGAUAAUGUAGAGAUACAUGUAACUUCUCACACCCACCAUCACUCCAGGUAAAUGAGCUGCGUACAAGGGCAAAGGAGCUGUCAGCGACAGAGAGCAUCUUUCUCACAGCCACCAUGCAGUUCAGAGAGACCAUCAAGGGCAUGUACUCCGUCUCGGUGAGUAUACAAGUCUAUCCACCGGACUGACCUGGGCACCUUGAACAGAGAUUUGUUUUAUGGAGCUCUAGGUAUUUUGAUAAGGAACUAUGCAUGGGGGUAAUUAACCAAGUUUGAAAGGGUGUCUUGAAACUGGUUUUAAAAUAGAUUGGCAUUCACUGCCUGAGAAGGAUGCCAAAUCAAUAGUAUAUAGGGCUUGGUUAGGGCCAGGAGUACACACGAUAAGUGCUUUAUAAAGCACUUUGGAGCAGCAAAUACUGUGUACAGGUUUUUAUUUCUUUAUUCUCAGUGUUUCUUGGCACAGCACCGGUGUAAAGAUUUGGGAUGUGCUGUACUGUACAUCAUAUCACCCCCACACUCUUCAUUAACCCUGUCCUCUCCCCUGUGUCCUCUCCCAACAGAAGCCCCACAUCAGCUACAAGGGCUUGUUGAAGGGCUACCAGAACCGGGUGUCCAGUCUUGCCGAAGCCAAGCAGCAGACUGAGGUCAAGUCGGUGGUCAACUUGUUCCAGUCCGUCCUGGAUGGCUUCAUACGGGGAGAGAUCAAACGAGCGGAGGCUGGGCCGGUCAAGGUAGUUCUGAAUGGUCAGACAAACGCACACUAACACACAUAGAAAGAUAUAUGCGCACACAUAUACACACACACGCUCGCAACACAGUUUGGUUUUUUACAUUUGUUUUUGAGCAGUAUACACUUUUGAAAGUUUAAAAGAGCGGUAUGUGUAAUUUUAAGAGGUUCACAGAUGUGCAAUUGUUCUACGUCUGAUCUACUUUUCAAUGUGUUGCAGACCCUGAAAAAGACAAAGAGAGGGAAAAAGAGCAAAUGUGUAAGUUAAAUUGUCUGAUGAUAACCUCCUGAAUAGCACUGUCUAAGUAAACCCAGAUUAAUGGUCCAGGGGCCUCAUUUAUUAAUCGUGCAUACAUUUCUCACUAAAUUCUGGCAUGUGGAGAUUCUAGGAUUUACGUGCACAACAAAUUAUUGGAAUUUAGCAAACUGUCGCACGCAGUUGUUUUAUUCCAUAUAUAUACACACGUUUUCAUUGAUAAAUCAGAGCCAUACUAUAUUUCUAGCAGUGGUGUAGAAAUACUUGAAAGUACUACUUAAGUAGUUUUUUUGAGUAUCUGUACUUUACUUUUUAUAUUUUUGCCAACUUUUACUUUUACUUCACUACAUUCCUGAAGAAAAUUAUUUACUUUUUACCCCAUACAUUUUCCCUGACACCCAAAAGUGCUUAUUACAUUUUCAAUGCUUGCAGGACAGGAAAAUUGUCAAAUUCACACACUUAUCAAGAGAACAUCCCUGGUCAUCCCUACUGCCUCUGAUCUGGCGGACUCACUAAACACAAAUGCUUUAUUUGUAAAUGGCGUCUGACUGUUGGAGUGUGCCCCUGGCUAUCCAUAAAUAAAAACAAGAAAAUUGUGCCAUCUGGUUGCUUAAUAUAAUGAAUUUGAAAUGAUUAAUACUUUUACUUUUGAUACUUAAGUAUUUUUUAAACCAAAUACUUUUAGAUUUUUACUCAAGUAGUAUUUUAAUGGGUGACUUUCACUUUUACUUGAGUCAUUUUCUAUUAAGGUAUCUUUACUUACUCAAUUAUGACAAUUUAGUACUUUUUCCACCACUGAUUUAUACACUCGUGAACAAGCGUUACAACCCUGCCUGGAAAACGCCCUCCAUUCACCUUUUAUGGUAACAAAAACUCCCUCAUUUGCUGAAUGAUUUGGAGAUGUUGGAACAGGGCCAUGACAGUUUAAAAGAAAGCGCAAUGGCAAUUUUGAUCACAUUUCUGUAGAGGUGUGGCCAGAAUGUUUUGACCUUUUGCAGGGACUUUUUUAAACAAAAAAUAAAUGCCGCCUAUAGCAAGUGCAUUCUGAAAGAUGGAUUGUCUAUUGAACAAUUUAAAAGUAAAUGCUGCUCACACUUCUAUGAAAAAUACGAAUUGUUGUUCAAUAUUUUGUUAAUCAAUACAUGAUUGUGUUUCUAUCUCCUGCCUUAGUAUAGGCUCUGAGAUUAAAUAGGCUAUUAUGUCACGCUCCUAUCGCACAGCAAUACUGUAGCCUACCCAUACUGCUAACGGUCUAUUUACCUUCGAGCAUGGUUGGCUAUUGAAUGAGCAAUGGAUAAAUGGUAGCCUAAUAUUUAUUGUGGAGUGGGAAUAAACCAGUCAUGUCAGAAAAGGAGAGACAUGCCCUGCAAUAUGAUUAUGAUUUAGGCCUAUAUAAUAAAAGUAAAAUAAAUAUAUUAGGCGACAUGCUGCUAUGCGAUUAUCUUACCAACGGCAAAUUCAUCUGUUUUAUCAUUAGCGCUACAUUUUAAUGUUUUUAUUAGCCUACUGUUAUUAUAACUCCUGUACAUCAAAAACCACAAUUUCCCCCAAAGAACAAUAUUUGCUUCCAAUACAGUUGAUCAACCAUUUGAAGUUGUUCGUACGCAAGGUCUGAGAUUUGCGUGGAGAUACGCACACUUGUUAUUCUCCCUAUCUGAUGUGUGUUAUACUGUUUCAAGCCCAACAGCCCUCUAGAUCACAUGUUCAGCACGUACCAGGUGAACAUCAUGCAGUCCUGUGACCUGUGUGGUUCCUACAUCUGGGGCAUGGAGAAGGCCUACAUGUGCAGCGGUGAGUAGCCUACAGAUAACACUCUCUGUUGUUCACCAUCUUAGAACAUAAAAUUAGAACAUAGAAGAACCAGUUUAUUAGGUACACCCAUCUAGUACCGGGUCAGACCCCGCUCUUUGCCUCCAGAACAGCCUGGAUUCUUCGGGGCAUGGAUUACAAGGUGUCGGAAACGUUUGUUGCUCAAUUGGUAUCAAGGGACCUAACAUGUGCCAGGAAAACAUUCCCCACACCAGUACUCCACCGCCACCAGCCUGUACCAUUGACACCAGGCAGAAUGGGUCCAUGGACUCAUGCUGCUUACGCCAAAUCCUGACUCUGUUAUAAGCAUGACGCAACAGCAUUCGUCAGACCAGGCAAUGUUUUUCCACUCCUCAGUUGUCAAGUGUUGGUGAUCGCGUGCUCUCUGUCCUGGCACCCCAAUGGUAGAAGCAGCUUCCUCCUGAAACUAGGACAACAGAGUCCCUGCCCAUCUUCCGAAAACAUCUGAAACCCUACCUCUUCAAACUGUAUUUCAAUAAUCACCCCGGUUCUAUAUUAAAAUCAACUUCUGCACCUGUUUCCUGACUCCCGGCGUAUACAUUACAAUAUGACCGCAUUUUCAUGAAUUUUAUGAUAUAAUCGUCAAGCCCAUUCAAAAGACCAGGGACAUGAACAUGGAAUUAUGCCGUAGGAAAGUGUCACUUGCAUGUGUAUUGCCAAAGUAUACUUUGUUUUAACCAAUUGGGCAUUGAGAUAUUGUGACAAAGGUGGAAGAAAAAUAUAAGAAAAAAUAAGAUUUCCAGUCAAAACAAUAGAUUAGCUUGCAGCUUCGCUGUCAUCACCCCGAAUUAGAACAUCAGAACAGACUCCACAUUUCUUCUUACUAUUUUGUUCUUGUCUCCCCUGUUUGGUCGUUUAGCUUGCAAAUUGAUAUGUCACAAGAAAUGCCUCUCCAAAAUCAUCAACGCUUGCUCAACACGAUGCGCCAGGCUGGUAAGCAGCACUACAGUGGUCAAGUGUUUUUAAAGUUUACCAAGUAAAGUUUGUCUGGACUAUUGUUUGAUCCAGUGUACGUCUAUGUCUGUGUGUUAGAACGAUGGGGUACCUGGCCAUCUGCACUUUGGGGUACAGGUGUGUGUUCUGACCAGUAAGACCUACCCAAUCCCAAUGGUGGUACAGAUGAUGCUGGAGCAUGUGGAGCUGAACGGUCUGUACACAGAGGGCAUCUACCGCAAGUCUGGCUCUGCCUGCCACGCCAGGGAACUGCACCAGCUACUGGGGACCAGUAAGACCUCUACCUUAACCCUGAAUGUCCUUUUGGUUUAGUACAAUCAACAAAACCUUUUUUUAUUGUAUUCAACUGUACUAAUUGUUGGUCAAUCAAUAAAGGCACUACAUUCACACACUAUAGUAGUAUACUGGUAAUUGCAGCAUUUACCACAAAGUAAUGUUUGUUUUUCAAUUCUACAUUCAUCAAUUUAUUAGUAAAAUGUUUAUCACAAAAAAAAACUAACACAAGACAAAUGUAUUUGUUGUCAGACCCAGAGAGGGUAGCUCUUGAGAACUACUCCAUCCACACGGUGACAGGUCUGAUGAAACGCUGGCUCAGAGAGCUGCCUGAGCCCCUCCUUACCUUCAGCCUCUACAACGACUUCCUGCUUGCUGUGGGUGAGUCUGUCUGGUGGGCUGUGUUCAGUAGGGCACAACGUAGCAAAAAAAAAAAAAAAAGAGUUGUUAUGUGAAGUUCAAGAAGUAUCUUUCCAUUUGUGUUUUUCAUUAAGAGAGAUGCCGGAGAAAUCAAUUUCAAAUACUUGAAGUACACUGGAUUUAGCUUGCCAAAUACACUGGAUUCAAUAGAAUAGUCCUUCGUCCACCCUGCACGCCAAUCAAGCUAAAUUAGGCACCUGAAGUACUUUAGUAGUAUGUCAAAGUAUUUGACACUGUCAUUUCAUGUGCAGAGUUGCCAGAGCAAUCUGAACAGCUACGUGCGGUCUACCAGAAACUGGACGAGCUCCCCCCUGCUAACUUCAACACUCUGGAGAGGCUGGUCUUUCACCUGGUCAGGUAGGUAGCAGCAGAGAGAUGGAUCCGUUUUAUCUCUAUGGGUAUAAUGGUCUUUCUACUUAUCACUCGUUUUCACAUCACUCAAUAACCUGUACAAUACGUCGCCAUUCAUGUUGGCUGAUUUAUGUUGACUGAUAGUAGCAAUCCUCCAUCUUCCAUACAAAGGCUUUCAUGCUAUGCUUUGGGCCUUGAGUUUUUCCUUAGGUCCCUGAGUGUUUCCUAAUCACACUUGACCAGGAAAAACUCUGUGCCCUGAUUAUGCCACAUGACAGGUUAACCAUGUUACAGUAUGUAUUUGGAUGAUAAUAGACCUGUUGUGUCAGACUGAUGGAUAUUUCCUUCCUCUAGAGUGGCAAAGGAGGAAGAGCACAACCGGAUGUCCGCUAACUCCCUGGCCAUAGUGUUUGCCCCCUGCAUCCUGCGAACCCCUGACACCACAGACCCUUUCCUCGGCAUGAAGGACAUCUCCAAGACAACCACGUGAGACAACAUUACUACUACUACUACUAAUGUAGUAUUGUAAUCAGAGAAGGCUGAUGUAGUUAUUUUAGGGUGUUUUUUUAACACAUUUUAUUGUUAGUGGCAUCCUAAUGUGAGAAACACCUGUAACUCACUUUAAUGUACAGCCAAUGCACUGAUGUGAUGUUUGCACUUAAGUUGUAGUUACAGGUGCAUAUCUCAAGUUAAGAUGUAGUCCUUAGUAAGCAUUCUUGUUGUAAGAAGACCUAACCCCUGUCCUUUCCUCUCCCCCCAGGUGUGUGGAGAUCCUGAUCUCAGAACAGUUUAGACGGUACACUGAGAAGAUGCAGGAGAUCACAGAGCUGGAGUUCGCUGAGGCCCUGGCCGUCAACCAGCUGAAGCUCAAGAGACAGAACACUGUAAGUACAUUACAUUAGUACAGGACCUUUUUUAUUUAUAUUAUUCGUAUUUUAAAUGUAUGUAGUUCUGUUCUUGUCUAUUAAUCUUCUGUAUUAUGUCAUGUUUUGUGUGGUCCCCAGUAAAAGUAGCUGCUGCAUUAGCAACAGCUAAUAGGGAUCAUAAUAAUAAAUUAACAAAUGACUGUCACUACCGUUUCACACUGUAGAAAUAACAAUGUAAGAACAUUACUGUCACUACCUUGUCACACUGUAGCCAUAAACUGUAAGAACAUUACUGUCACUACCAUGUCACACUGUAGACAUAACACUGGAAGAACGCUGUGGUUCCAGCAUAACAUUGCUUUGAUAUCACAUUGUAUGGUGAUCAAUUGGGUUGCAAAAUUCUGAAAACGUUUCCAGGUUUCUGAGAUAUCGUCCGGGGAAAAACAAGGGAGCUUGGGGAAAGCUGGAAUUUUGCAACCCUAGAUCAAUGACAUGUUUACAACAUACUUUAUGAGCUUGAUAUACACUGAGUAUACAAAACAUUAAGGACACCCGCUCUUUCCAUGACAGACUGACCAGUUGAAUCCAAGUGAAAGCUAUGAUCCCUUAUUGAUGUCACCUGUUAAAUCCACUUCAAUCGGUGUAGUUGAAGUGGAGGAGACAGGUUAAAGAAGGAUUUUUAAGCCUUGAGACAAUUGAGACAUGGAUUGUGUAAGUGUGCCAUUCAGAGGGUGAAUGGGCAAGACAAAAUAUAUAAGUGCCUUUGAACGGGGUAUGGUAGUAGGUGCCAGGCGCACCGGUUUGUGUCAGGAACUGCAACGCUGCUGGGUUUUUCAUGCUCAACAGUUUUCCGUGUGUAUCAAGAAUGGUCCACCACCCAAAGGACAGUCCAGCCAACUUGACACAUCUGUGGGAAGCAUUGGAGUCAACAUGGGCCAGCAUCCCUGUGGAACACUUUCGACACCUUGUAGAGUCCAUUCCCCGAAGACUUUAGGCUGUUCUGAGGGCAAAAGGGGGAGGGGUGCAACUCAAUAUUAGGGAGGUGUUCCUAAUGUUUGGUAUACUCUGUGUGUAAUACAUCUGAGAAUAUGGAUCACUGUGGGAUCCAAUUUCCAUUCCCACUGGGAAUUUCACUUUGGGAAUACGGUUCCCACGUUCCCCAAAAAUAGUUUGUCUUCUUGUCUGGUGCCUGUUAUAUUGACUCAUAUAGUAUAUAUCUGCAGAUCUUAGAGAAACCUUCAUCAGAGCUGGACGUACCUCAAAUGGACAAUCUUAACCCGUCGGAGUCAGAGAGGACCCUCAUCGAGAGGAUCAAAUCCAUCAAACAGGAGAAGUGAGUAUAGAGACAGACUCCUCUAGUUCACUGUUAUGGGGUGCAAAAUAUUGUUCUAGCCCGGCACUAACACAUCUGACUGAACUAAUCACCAAUGAAUCAGAUGUGUUAAAGAGGAACGCUAACUCAGUAGAAGCUGUCAGUGUGUUAGAGGCAGUGUAGUAAAAAAAUAAAUAUAUAUUUUCACAUGAGGUCGAAAUAACAAUCUGAAAGUGAAAAUGAUGAUUUUGUGUAAGAGCUGUUUAUUUUUUUUUAUGCCUGGAAUUUCAGCCUGUUCAGGUGGGAUGGAUUUUUUUGCCCAGAUCAUGACAUCACAAUCUGAUCUAAUUACUCUGACGAAUGACCAGUCAUCUUUUAUUUGCAUAUGUAUCCUCCUACUUUCAAGGGGUAAGCGGUGCAUGCACCAUAUACCAUACAGCUCAGCUCAGUGUUUCACAAUACAUUCCUGGACCUUUUGAGGGGUGCACCAUUUUGUUAAAGCCCAGCACUAACUCACUUGAUUCAAAUAAUCACUGAGCCCUUGGUUAGUUGAAUCAGAUGUGUUAUAGUGCUGGACUAGAACAAAAAGGAGCAGUCCCAAAAAUGUAUUCAGAGACACUGUCUUAGUGGUACAAUAGAAGCUCUUGGCUUUUGCCUCAGCGCCAUAUACUGUUUGUUACCUGUGUUAAUGGGUUCCUGUGUGUGUUUGCAGGGAGGAGCUGGCGUGCAGGUUGCCAGAGUUGGAGCAGGAGAACUUUGACGACUCAGAGUCCAGAUUGUCGUUGUCUGUCAGCUCAGAGAGCCUGUGUGUAGGAUAGAGUGAGGAGCCUAGACACAGAAGGUCAGUAGAGAGGUACAGUAGGCCUUCACCAUCCUCUGCCUUCAUUCACUUCAAUUAUUUUCAACUGUUUGUUUUCGGUAACACAUUAUUUUACAGCCCAGGUAGUUACUUAGAAAUGUCUUAAGAAAACAAGAAAAACCGAAUAAUUGCGUUGUGAUUGCACUUCUAUGAGAUUCUUAUGCCAGGCUGUAACACAAAGUCUUGUUUUCUACCACUGGUGCAUUGGAAGUAGCAUGGUUGACAUAUCCGUUUGUGUUUUACCCAACUCCUGCUAGCGACUCCUGGCUAUAUUAGGGGAGAGAUUUGAAGAAACAAGUGGUGGAUUCCCUGUUAAGAUGCCACCUUCUACAGUAGCUAGUUGUAAAGUGGGUCUGCAUACAUUUAGCGCCAGUUUUGUGUAACCAGGUACGUGAUUUACCGGUUACAAUGGUAUUUCAGGGUGUGUGCUUGCUCAAUCUACUGUAUUUUCUGCUUUGUUCAUUUCUGACUGACUUUUUGUAUUAGUAUCACGAGCAGCCCGAUUAUCAGCCAGUCCCUGUUGUACAAGUGUUACGAAACCGAUUAACUAGCCUGCUAAUAUUGUUCCCCUCGCUAAGUUUAGGGGUCUUAGGCCUAGUUAACUGGUCUGUAACCUGAUUUUAAAGUCCUACUCCAAUCUCCUUUUCACCUCAUUUAACCCCUGAUUUGCUUAACAAAAGGUCAAUAGGUGGUCCAGGUGCCUCAUGACAUGGCACAAGUGGGGAGGUGGGCCUUUUCGUCUUUUGUUCUCUAUUGCUCCUCUAUUGUUCCUCAAGCAAGGGGGAGGCCGAUGACAUCAGCGGGCACCAUCAGACCAACUCUUUGAAGUUUGCAGUUGUAUAAAAAAACACUAUUUUGCUCGAAACAUAUUUAUACUUGGGAUAUCGCUUUUCAACAGGAGUUGAAGUUCAAAAAUCACAGGAGGACGAUGAGAAAUCAGCAUAUGAGGACUGUGUUGUAUGUACAUGUGCCCAGGAGACAACAAACUUAACAGGAUCAAGGGCCAGCUCCGUCAUGACCUUUUGGUUGGCCAGUCCAUGCAAAUUAUUGUUUGUUGUUCAAAAUGGUGACCGAAAAAUGAACUAUAUACAAAAAGAAUACUACAAGGAGGCAUGCCUAAACUAAAGAGGUUAACUACCACAAAACAACACCAAACACUGGCAGGCCGAGAGGCCUCUGGUCACAGAUAGCCAAUCCACUGAUUGCUCGCACAUGUGGAUUUAUCAAGGCUUCCUGGCAGAGCACAGACCCUACCCGGUUGGUGCUGCCACCUGGGGAUGGAGUGUGGAAGUGUGUCAUGGUAGUGUGUUGCCUAACUGUGUGCUAACACUAAAUUACCCCCCAUAUCAUAACACUAAUCUGGUCCUAGAUCUGUAUGCGCUUUAGCCAACUAGUCUUCUGUAGCUCAGUUGGUAGAGCAUUGUGCUUGCAACUCCAGGAUAGUGGGUUUUCGAUUCCCGGGACCGCCUAUAUGUAUAAUAUUAUAUUAACUCCUCUGACUAUAAUUGUCAUGCCCAGCACAAACAGAUCUGGGACCAGCUACUAUUUGACUAAUCCAGAGUGUCUCUACCAGGCUGUCUACUAUUAGACUAAUCCAGACUCUUGUCUCCACCAGGCAGAGUGAACCUGUUGUGGAGGAGCCAGAGGCAGGAGUGCCCUCCUAAGCCUGCUGACCUGGCCCAAAGAACUACAGCUACAGGCCCCAGAGACCAACCAGAUGGACAGAACCCCCAGCCCAAUACGAAGGCAAGGAGCAGGUACUUCUCAGACCUGGACGGCCCCUUCAUAGAUGAGGAGGACUAG